UUGCUUUUGUGGCUUAUAAUAGACGUACAGCAUGCUCGUUUGUGGUGUAACGGUUUUUGCUAAUUUGUGGAAGCGUGUGGACUACGUAUAGACAAAUUUCUUUGGUGUCUAGUAAUGUGCAUUUAAUUUUGUCAAAAAAGCACUGUGAUUAAAUAUGUUUCGCACUAAAAAGGAUGUGGAUCGCCAUGUCCAAGACGUAUUGCGAAAGCUGAAAAAUGAGAAUGAGAGAAGCUUGCGUUGCUACAAUAUUGCCAAGUUGUAUUUUAUGGUAGGAGAGUAUGAAAUGACUAGGCGAUAUGUGUCUAAUUAUCUGACAGUUCGUGAGGAUUCAGCCAGUGCGCAUAAACUCCUUGGUCAAGCAUUAGAGAACCUUGGGCAGAAAGAAAAGGCCUUGGCUCAGUACAAAUGUUCUCUUGAAUUGGAGAGUAAGCAGCAAGAUUUGGUAUUGAAAGUAUGUGGGCUGCUAGUAGAUAGUGAAGCUCCAUUGGAUGUUGGAAGAGCUCGAUAUUGGUGUGAAAGAGCUGAGCAGUUGUUUCCACAUCAUCCAACAGUGUUCAGACUGAAGGAGCAUCUUUUGACUGCAGAUGGAGAGGAGGAUGCUGCAGAAUUAGAGGCCCUCAUUGCUGCUGAACUGACAGCAAGGCCAACUGAUGUUUCACUACGUGUACGCUUACUGAGAUUGUACCUGGAUACAGAAAGAUUAACAGAAGCUUACAACCAUGCUGUUGAAUUGGAACUUCGUUCUAUGCCAGGUUUUAGGGAUCAGCUGCAGUGGUAUGACUGCCUUAUUGAUGUUUUCGAGACUUAUCAAGAAGAGAAUCGUGAGAAGUGUGAUUGGGAGUUCCAUUUACAUUAUGUGGCUGUGUUGGAGAGGACUGUGUCUCUCAGCCUUCAAGAACAUCAAGCAGGAGUUCGUCGUAGCAUUUCCGAUUGUGUACAGGCAUUGUUCAGCUUGGACAAAGCAUUACACCAGGCAUCCAGUCUAGCAUCCCCUCCAAGUGAGCGAGAAUUAUACCAAGAAUUCCUUAAACAUGUUAGAGGUCAACUUUGCAUCCAUCUUGCAACAUUGAUACUGAAGAAAGCAAAGAAGGAACGUGGAAACUGGCGUGAGGCAUGCAGGGUCUCUUCUCCCCUACUUCUUCUUGCCUUGUCUUCACCAAUAGAUAUGCAGUCAACUUGGCUGCUUCAGGCUACUGAGACUCGGAAGAAGAGUGUGGACCUUUGGGCUAAAGAAACUGCAUACAGAAAUAGCCAAGCAGGUCAUGUGUUACUUACCAUGGUUCGUGAACGCAGAAGCCAGUUUCUGGAUCGGGUGACUCAGUUCUGUUCUGGUAACUGGAGGGAACGUGUGUUUCAGAGAAUCUUCACUACCCGUGAUCACCAGCAAGGAAUAUCACAUUCACAUUUUGUUAAUUUCCCAGGACUUUCUGACCCUCCAUUGAGACUGCCAACACCAAGUGAAUUAUUACCUCAUGAUGAAAAGUCGCAGAAACUAUAUCCAGGUUCUCUGCAUCAUCUGGUUUGGUUGGGACUUCAGGAUAUUUCAGGUAGUAACAGGAAGAGCAACUCUUUGAAACCAGGACCAGAUUUUCAUUGCCAGGUGUUUGAAGGCUUGCAGCUCACUUGCAACAAUUUGAAUUGUGCAGGCACUGAAACACUCAACAGGCUUGAUAUUGAUGCUUUUCUGUAUGCUGCAGUGUUCUGUGCUAGUGCAGCUCUAGAUGAGCAGCAAACUGCUGGAUACUGGAGUUCUGAUAGGCCUCUUACCUUACCAGCAAACAUUACUGAUCAUCUGUGUACUGUCGAUCAAGCCAAGUGGUGGACAGCAGCAUAUCGAGUUUACACAAACCAAGCUAAAGGGGAUCUCGGGGAGCUUCGUCAGACGUUACAGAGAGGAAUAGAAGUUGUUAGAGUACUUGGAAACCAUGGAUUGGAUGUCAAACUCAUUGUACAUUUAGCACAGACCUUUGAACAGAGGGCAUCAGCAAUGGCUGCUCGUACUGAGGGUUCUGGUGAUAUACCAGCAAUAGAAGCCAGAGCAUCUUUGUAUUGGACAGCUGCAUUGCCAUUAUUGGAACGACUUCAGCGCAACCAAACAAUACGUGCUCCUCAUUCAAGGCUGUUUGAAUACCAGGGGAAAGAAUUGCCUAGUGCAGAAGUGAAUGCCCUAAUAGAAGAAGGUCAUUUCUUUCGGGCUUGCCAAUUAAUGAAGGAAGAUAAACAUGAAAAAGCAAUUGAAGCAUUCCAGCAAUUGAAGUCACCAUAUGCUUCCUUUUAUCAGGCUACAAUCUACAAGAAAUUGGCAGCUGAAGAGUUAGAAGAUCAACGUCGUGAAAUGAUCACUAGUGAGAUGCGUUCGCAACAUAUUAUCCUACUUACAAAGGCUAGGGAGUGCUAUUAUCUCACUCUGGACAGACUACGGAGUCCAGGAGUAGAUGCAAAACAUCCAUUAAAUGCUGAACUGAAUAGUCACAUAGAAGAAAUUGAAAGUCAGCUGAGUCGUAUUGAUCCGGAUGUAAUGUUAAUAGGUGAUGCAGUGAACCGAAAUGAAUGUGAUGGCAUGUCCGAUGACAGUGUGUCAUCAGUUCCUUCUGGUGGUGAUAACCUGAAUAACUCAUUUAUGGGACUUGGUAACAGUAGCAACUUGUAUCUCCAGCACAGUUCAUUGGUUCAUCUCACACCACGUCACAGGAGCAGUGCAGGUGGUCAGAAGCAUAGUUCUACCCCGUACAGGAGCAAUGUACACAAACUAGACAGCUCUGACAUAGCUCCUGAUCAUCCACGGAGAACUGAAGCACGCCCAAGUCCAGAACGUCUUGAUGCUCAGAUCAGACAUCUUGUACACAGCAAGGAUACAGUCAUACAGACAAUUCUCGAACAAAACAAGGCACUGUUAGAACAAGGCAAGGCUGUGGUAGAUGGUCUUAGGGAGAAUAAGUUGGUUAUGGAGGAAAUAAAGAAUCAAAUUCAGGAACUUCGCAAGGACACAGUAAAAAUGAGGCGUGGUCAGGCCUUGAAUCUUGGCCAAUCAAAUAUCAAUGCAGCAGAUUUGUCCCAGGUUUGUGACCCUGAGGAAGAUCUGUAUGUAUUUGAUGAUGAAGAUUAUUCAGAAGAUGUGAAUAUAGCUGCAGCACAACUUGGACCGUAUCAGGCAUUCCCACCAUAUCCUCCAAAUUAUACUAAUUACCGUGGCAUGUCUGGUAUCUUGGGUACACCUUCUGGUGUAGGCCCUUAUCCUGCACCACAUAGUGGCACACAAACUCCUCUGCUGCCUCAACCAGCCAUCAGUGGAUUCUUCAGGGGAGUUGAUCCAGCUGCUGCUAGUCUUCUGUACCCUCCUACACUUGGUUAUUAUGCUGGGCAAGGGGCACUACCUUUCUCUGAGGGUCAACAAUUACCAAAUUUUGGAUCCGCUGGUCCAGUUAUCCCUGCACAGGCUGCAUCUGCUUCGAUGUUUUCCCGUCUUGGUGGGCCAGUUGAUUCUCCAAGCUGUUUACAUGAUCCAAAAAUCCCUGGGUCCUCAUUGGUAUCACAGCCGCCGCCACCACCACCACCGUCUCAACAUCAACAGCAAUCAGUUGGACCUGUAAAUGUUGUCAUCACUUCGUCGGACACAUUGCCAACAUCUGCCCCAGUUAAUCAGCCAACAUUAAGUGUUACAAUUCCACCACAUCAUUUGUUGGGCUCUCCUCUUGUGACUCAGUCUACAACAAAUCAUAUCAGUCUACAGGGUACAACGUCAGCUUUUACAUCUACGACUGCAUUUAAUUCUACUUCCUCAACCAGCACCACUACACAGUCUUCAGUACCACAUGCAUUUCAAAUAUCUAUGCCUCCUCAAGCACACUUACCACAUGCCUCAAUUCUAGAGAAGGGUGCUGCUUCACUUAGUCCAGUUCUUCCAGUUUCUACAGGAAUGCUAUUGUCAUCUGUGCCAUCACCUGUAUAUUCAGCAUUAGAAGAGAGUCCAGCUGGCAAGGAUAAUGUUGCAGGGGCUGGUUGUAUAGGAGAUGUUAGCAGAGUGUCAGCAGGUUCUACAGAAGGGGUUGAAGAUGGAGAAGGUGCUGAUGCUGAUCAUGAUCCAUGUCCUGACUUCCAACCUGUAAUUCCCCUACCAGCAGAAGUAGAACUAACUACUGGAGAAGAAGAUGAAACUGUUAUUUUUGAAUGUAGGGCAAAACUCUUCAGGUAUGUAGAUAAGGAAUGGAAGGAACGUGGUGUGGGCACCAUGAAACUUCUACACAACCAAAAGACAGGGAAAGUGCGCAUUUUAAUGCGGCGUGAACAAGUACUGAAGAUAUGUGCAAAUCAUAAUAUUAGAUCUGACAUGGAGUUGACUAAAAUGAAUGAUCGUGCUUGGAUGUGGGUGGCUCAUGAUUUUGCUGAUGAGGAGGUUCGCCUUGAGAAGCUUUGUCUGAGAUUCAAGACAGCUGAUGAAGCUGCCAAUUUUAAAGAUGCUUUUGUCAGGGCCAAAGUAAUUGCUGCUGCUACUGAGACAUCUCCAGUAAAGACUGCAGUGUCUGAUUCUACACCACCUCUUACUCAACCAUCCUCAAAGAUUGCAAUGAAAGUUGUUACUUCUUCAGUUUCAUCACCAGUUCUUGAUACAUCAUCAUCUAAUAAGAUAACUGUAGGUGGGUUUACAUUUGCAUCUCCUCCAACUUUUAAAAUAGAUUCAAAGUCUGCAGCAGCACAUGCUUCAUCAAAAGAUGUUACCAAAGAACAAGAGAAAGGUUCUCUGGAGGCAGCUAAACCAAGUCCGUUUGCUAGUUUUAGCUUUACAAGCCCACCUAAAGUAUCUACCUCCAUGGAGGCACCAGUAGUUGCAGGCAGCAGGUCAGUGUCUGAACCUGCACAGUUACGCAGGCCUCGCACAGCUUUACCAAAACAUGGUGCCAGUGUUGCAUGUACUACAUCAGAUACAGUUCAAGGUACACCAAAAUCAAAUACUGGAAGUACUCAAAUAUCUGGCACAAAAUUGAUGUUUGACUCACCUCAUUCUGAAUUAACAUUCUCAGCAUUGGCAGCAGUUAAUAAGGAGACAGCCUUCAAGAAAGAUGGACAUUUUAAGGGCUGGGAAGGAGCAGGAAAAUCUGUAUUUGGGAGAAGCCCAAAGUCUGAAAGUCUUGAUGAAAAUGAGGGUGGUGCAGAAGAGUUUGUGCCAACAGCAGAAUUUAAGCCACUAGUUCCAUUACCAGAGCUUGUGGAGCCGAAGACAGGUGAAGAAGGAGAACAUAUUUUGUUUGAAGAGAGAGCAAAAUUGCUUCGUUUCGACAGUGAAGGAAAGCAAUGGAAGGAGCGUGGUAUAGGGAAGAUGAAGAUAAUGCAAAAUCCUACCACGGGUAAGGCUAGGUUACUUAUGCGUCGCGAACAAGUUUUUAAAGUAUGUUGCAACCAUUUUGUGAGUGUAGAUAUGAAGUUUACUGCCCUGGCUACCUCUGACCGGGCAUGGACUUGGUAUGCUCAAGAUUAUUCUGAAGGCGAAAUGAAACUAGAGCUUCUGGCUGUUAGGUUCAAGACUGUUGAUCAGGCACUUUCAUUUAAAAAGACCCUUGAUGAACUUCAGGUGAAAAUAGAUGAGAAAAGUAAAGAUACAAGUAAGUCAACAAUGCAGCAGGAAAAGUUACCACAAUCUACAGUAUGGAAGUGCAAGGAAUGCCUUUUUCCUAAUGCUUAUGAUGUAAACCAGUGUGUUUCAUGUAAAAAGACAAGACCAAGACAAUUUAAGGAGAAUGCUCUGUCUGUCUGCCAUGGCAGCAACCAACAGCCAAAGCUUCUGGAGCUCUCUAAGUCAGCUGAUUCAUGGGAAUGUCUGUCAUGUUCUCGUAAAAAUGAUAAUGACAGUGAAACUUGUGUAUGGUGCAAGAAAAAAAGUUCAAUAGCUAUUAGUCUCUCUAGUGCACCAGAAACUGAACCGUUGUCUGAGCUUUUCAAGGCCAAACCAGGUUCAUGGGAAUGUGCAUGUUGCUAUGUCAGAAAUCCAGAUACAGUGGACUUGUGUAUGGCUUGUGAGUCCCAAAAACCAGGAGGUAGUGUGACUCCUAGUUCUGGUGCUGUUCCUAAAUCAGAUCCAAGUAUUACACCAUUAUCUGAACUGUUCAAACCGAAAAUUGGCUCUUGGGAGUGCAAAGGAUGCUAUGAACGCAAUGAUAGUAAUAAAACAUUGUGCUUGUGUUGCAGUGCUCCAAAACCAGGCCACAAAGUAACACAGAAAGAAAAGCCUAAUAAAGCAACACACCAACCUUCAUUUAAGUUUGGAAUGCCCCCUUCAGGAACAGAGUUUAAUUUUGGAACUUCAUCCCAAAUUACUACUGGACAAAGUGACUUCAUAUUUGGUAUUGCAACAAGUGGUACAUCUGAACCAGUUCAGUAUAAGUUUGGAAUACCCAUUUCAAAACCAUCUACCUCAGUGAUAGCAACCACUGCCACUGCUACCGCAGCAACUUCUAACACAGACAGUAUCACUACUCAGUCUAUGUUUCCAAGUUCUAAUGCUAGCACUACAAAUGGAGAAUUCUCAUUUGGUCAGCCAUCCAGUAGUGCUUCAUCUGUUACAAGUGUUUUUGGUGCAGACAGCACAUCAGCUAAACCAUUCUCAUUUGAGACAAAAGCUACAACUGGAGCAUUUCUGUUUGGGAGUUCUACAGGUGAAAAUACAGAAGGGAGCACCACCUUCAGUUUUGGUAGUAGUAGUCAGGAAGAGGGUACAAAGGAUUCUACACCAUCCAAGGAUGCACCAGGUCAUAAAUUCACAUUUGGGAGUCCUGGAAAGUUUGAAUUCAACUUCAGCGGAAUCAGACCAAGGUCACCUACCAAGCUGCCAAAAUCUCCCGGUGGUGUUGGUUCUGAUACGGCUGCUGACAAUGAUGAAACUGACAGUGAACCUGAAGAAGAUGAAGGAGAACAUAUCUGCUUUCAGCCUGUAAUUCCACUGCCAGAUAAGGUACCUGUACAUACUGGGGAAGAAAAUGAAGAUGUCCUAUACACUCAUCGAGCUAAGUUGUUUCGUUUUACUGGUGGAGAGUGGAAGGAACGUGGUGUUGGAGAUAUUAAGGUGUUAAGGCAUAGAAGUACUCAUAAAGUCAGGCUAUUGAUGAGGAGGUAUCAGGUACUGAAGCUGUGUCUAAAUCACUUCCUGAAUCCGGAGCUGACAUUGCGAGAAAAGGAUGAUAGGACAUGGCUGUGGAUUGCAUCGGACUAUUCAGAAGGCCAUCUCCAAGAGGAGAAGUUUGCUAUUAGAUUCAAGAGCAAAGAAAUUGCUACAGAAUUUAAGCAGGCAAUUGAUAGAGCACAAGCAGAACUGAGGUCACCUGACAUAUCUUCUACUACUGCUACUUUGCAGGAUCAAGUGACUUCGUCUCCAUUGGCUGAGAAAGGAGCUGGUGACGAUACCAGUGACACCAUAUCACCAGCCAUGAAGAACUUCUCUUUCACUUUGUCUGGAAGUAGUCCUGCUGUUCAGCAGUCUUCAAAUUCCACCAGUCCAGUUUUUUCAUUGGCACACUUUGGAGCCUCAUCUGCUGUAGGUGUUGCCAGAUCCCUGUUUGGAGGAAAUUCUGUGCAGAAGUCUAUUCCUGUUGUAGAUCUUACAAAUGAUGUGGCUGUUGUGUAUGAGCUUAAAGUAACUCCAGAAGAGGAAGAAGCUGCCAUGCAACUAAAACUUCCUGCUAAUUUCUAUUCAUAUUUGCGUAAGCCUCCAUGCCCUGGCUGUGCUGGCUGUGAACCUGAUAGUGAUCCUGAGGUUUAUAAGAGCAUACAGGAUUCCAUAGAGCAGAUGGAUAGAUCUGGAUCCAUCAUUCACCCUAUGAGUUCUCCAAAGAAUAAAAGUACUACAUCGACUGCUCUGAAAACCUUAAUUUUGUCUGGACAGUCAGCACCUACAAAUGUAGCAUCAAGUACUCCCACCGCUCAGUCAGGUAGCCAGAAACCAACUCCCAUUACAUCUUCACAAGUGAUAUCAGUAAAUUGCUCAGGGGUUAUAUCUUCUUCAUCUGAAUCAACAACAUUACCACAGUUCAUUCCUGUGGCUGUUUCCACAGGAAUUACUCUUGGUCAGGCUGCUUUAAUCUCAACUCAAGGACAACAGAAUACUUGUUCAGUAUUCAAUAUUCAGCCUUCAUCAGGGAGUUCAGUAUCACAACUGACCCCAAGUACAUUCUUCAGUUCACCACAGGUCUCAACUCAACACCAUAGUCCCCUGCUUACUCAUCUGUUACCAAAAACUACCCAGCCCCAACAGUCAACCACUCCUAAAACAACUUUCACCAUGCCAGCAUUAGGAUCUGGUUUUGCGGCUCUUGGUUUAAAACCUACAGCCACGGCUUCAACUGCUACCGCUGAGACAAAACCAUCUUGUUUUGUCUUUUCUCCUGCUGGUUCAAAACCUGCAUCUACAUCAGAACCUGUUGAAAUUAAACCCAUAAGUUUUAGCAGUGCCCUUGGUCAGAAAUUGACAGCAACACCUCCCACUAAGACUUCCUUAGAUCCCGGCUUUUGUGUUGUACCUUCUGCCACCUCAGACAUUUCUAAACCUAAGAAUAGCGGUUUCAACUUUGGUGCAGCUACUGAGGCGGCAGAAUCAUCUUUCCAGAAAAAAGAAGUGGAAGGUGUGCCAUUUCUGCCUUAUGAUUUAAAUCUCUCAUUUGCCAGUUUGGCAAGCAAAUCAGAGCAACAACUAUUCAAGACAGAUACCAGUAAAUCCUUUACUUGGGCUGGAGCUGGUACAGUUGUGUUCACUAAUUCUCCUAUACAGCAAGCUUCUGCUAACAUAACAGGAGAUGGAAGUGAUUCAAGUGGUGAUGAAGGUUGUGCAGGUGAUACAGCAAACAGUUCACAUGAUCCUCAAUUUGAGCCAAUUGUUGAUUUGCCAGAUGCAGUAGAAGUUAGGACAGGUGAAGAAGAUGAGGCAAAAGUUUUCUGCCAUCGCGCUAAACUUUAUAGAUAUGAAACAGCCACGAAAGAAUGGAAGGAAAGGGGUGUUGGAGAAAUGAAAAUCUUGCACCAUCCCUUCAAUAACACUUACAGGUUGCUGCUUCGUAGGGAACAGGUACAUAAGGUUGUAUGUAAUCAUCUGGUAACUGCAGACCUCGCCUUGAAGCCAUUGAGUUCAUCUGAUUGUGCUUGGUGUUGGGGUGCCCUGAAUUAUGCAGAAGAGGAUGAACCAAAAGUUGAAGAAUUGGCUGUACGGUUCAAGUUGCCAGAAACUGCCAAGGAGUUUCGAGAUAAGUUAAAUGAGUGCAUCAAGCAGGUAGAGAAACUGGCAACAGCUGCAGCUGAAACUGAAGAACCAGCUAACCCAGAAGCGGUCCUUGUUAGUCAGCCAUAUUCAGAAGAUUCUGAGGAUUCGGAUGAAGGGGCUGAAGAAGAAGAAGAUGACGAUGAUGAUGAUGAUGUUGACGAAGACGAUGGAGAAGAAAGUGAAAAGACACUGAUGUUUGAGAAGAGAGUUACACUUCAGAUCCAAGAUCCACUUACUGCUGGAUGGUCCACACACGGAUUGGGAGAUCUCAAAAUUGUGUAUGAUCCUGAUAUCUUCGGUGCUCGUAUAUGUGUCGAACAAGAUGGAACUGGUGAACAACUUUGUAAUACCAUUAUAGCCCUCAAUACUGUUCUUGAGGUGCAGAAGCGUGACUGCAUAUGGUCUGCUUUGGAUUAUACCGAGGACCCUCCAGUACAUAGGAAAUUCAUGGCAAAAUUCUCCUCUGAGGAAGCUGCUGCAGAGUUCAAGCAAACCUUCCAAGAGGGUAAAGAUCUAGCAGAACAAUCUGAAAUUUUGGAGCAUGUGAAUCCAGUAGAACUCUCACACGAUGAAGACUGAUGAUACGUUGUGAAAUUUAUGUCUGGUUGGAGACCACUUAGCAGUAAAAGAGGGAGGUAAAACAUUAUCCUUGUGCGGAAUUUAAAUUACCGACUCUGUGGGUUAAGUAGUGAUCAUCACUUAGUUUUAAUUUAUUCAUAUGAUUAUACAUUAAAGAAUGGAAAUACAACAAACAUGUAUCAUUGUAAUGAACUUAGGAUCAUAGCUGCAAGAUUUCAUUGCAAAUGAACAGCAGGCAGAAAUAUUAACACUAAAAAUCAGUUACAUCAUAUUUUGUGUGAUCAAUGAUUAGUAGGUUAACAAGCUUCAGUCCACACUGCUAAAAAUAACACAUUCCAGUUGAGUGCUUUGGGGAAGAAAAGAGGCAAAUGCAACCUUGGAGAUGGCAUGAUGCCAAUUUUAUGUUGAGGAAAUCAAGACAAAAGCCCGACUCCUUUAAUGUAUUACAUGAAUUCAAUGUGGUCCAUUAAAUCCUUUCCAGGUAUUUAUCAGAUGAAAAUGGUUAUUGAAAUAUGGGAGGUUGUACAAUGUUUUAAAUGGCCCACAAUAUAUAUUAUAAAAAAUGUAAAGAAAAGCUGUUCGACAUGCAUCGGAGGCACUUGAAAGGUUCUUGAACUCAGCAGUAUUUAUUUUUAUUACUAUUAGCCGUCCAAGAGAAAUGUUGCAGAUUGGUCUUUAAAAAGGUUUAAUCAUGUAUUGGUGAUAACGUGACUAGUAGGUUUGUUACAACUGUUAAACCGGCUGCUGCUGCUGAGUUAGUCAAUUUCCCAAAGUUUUCCCCUGUGGAGGAUCUAUUAAAAUUCCUCUGCCUAUAUGAAUUAAACAUCUUGGAAAUGGAUAAGACUGUUUUGAUUAAUUAAAUUUUGUAUUGAGGAAUUCUACAAAAAAAUUAUCAAAGUAAUUUUAAUUCUUAUUUAGCUUGAACAGUUUUAAGUCACUUUACACAAGAGCAUAAGUACAUAAUCUAAUUUUCAAAGUAUCCAUUCUAGUGAUGUCUGUCUUCUAGGUUGUGUCAUGCAGUCUGGUAAAGUGAUCAAUAUUUCAGAGGUGCUUGCUGCCUCCAUCAUCACUUUGAUACACAUCUGAAACUUCUGCCAGACUGCAUGGCACAUCAACCCAGAAGAAACCAUCUUUAUACAUUCUAGUUUCAUUCCCAAAAUUUCAUUUUACAAAACAUGCUAGGAAUCGUAUCCAUUUCAUCUCUCAAGCAGAGCUGUUUGUUUAGUGAUGCUCUGUUAGCUGCAUGUUUGGUCUAGAGCAGAUUAAAUCUAGUCUUAUUACAAGGCUCCUGCACAGGACAUACCAAUGUACCUAACUUCUCAGUACUCAUGUAAAUAAUUUCAAGAAGAAAAACAUUAAAUAGUUAUUUUUCAGAAGGAAAGUGGCAUGUGAUUUUAUAGUAAUUACAUCUAUAUUUGCAUUUAAUAAAUAAUGUAGAUUUCAAUUAUGUUCUUGAAGUCAUCUUUAAAGUUUUAAUGAACAGCAUUAACAUCACAUGUAAGAAAAGAUAAAGUUUUAAAUGAUAUUAAUGUUUUUAGUUGCUUGCUGCAAAAUUUAGAAUGCAGUACUUUUAAUAUUGUUGUUUACAUUAUACUUCGCAAAUUUUUGUGACAUAAUUUUAAAAGCCAAGCAAAACCAUCUAUAUGAAAGUGCCAGUUACUGAAUUUGAAGAUUGUCUAAAAUCAAAGUAAGAACUACUACAUUUCACUACAAAGUACGAGUAAUUUUUCUACAUUGUGCACACAUCUGGGUUUCCUUUAAAAAUAUACCCAAUCUGAACAAAUACAAGAGAUGAAGUUUACCUCCCUCACUUUUCAGGUCUCUUCAUUUUGUAAGUUUAAACAGCUUUAUGUACUUGGUUUCAAACAUAGGAAGCUUAGAGGCUUGUAUUCCUUUCAUCAUACUUUCCUUUCAAAUGUUGAUACUUCUGACAGUUGUUCACUUUGUUCUAGUAAUGAUUCCACUGACUGGGAAAUGAGAUAAAGGCAUUCUGAGAAAAAUCACAUUCAUAUUAAAUAAAUAACUGAUCAUAAUGUUAUGGUCAUUUGUUAAUAAAACAGCUGCUAUUGUGUGAAA